AUACCCUGGUGUAUGCGAUUUUAUCCACCAUAACAAACUCGCAUAUUAUAUAGAGGGCAGUGUUGAAAUAAUAUUUUAUGUCAGAGGAGAAAAAGAUCGCGUAGGCCUACACACCUUUCAGUUUUAUCUUAAUGAGUGCAAAUUCAAGAGAUUGUCAUGGCUAUGAUAAUGACUGGUACCGAUUAUCGGGGGCGUGUUUUGGAUGACAAUACUGUGCGACUUGCAGUGACAAUGAAAGGACAGAAUGCUCAGUUAGUAGUCUUUGAACAGGACAAGCCACUUAGGAGUAUCAUCACGAUGCUAUGUCAAGACUGGUCGCUCUCCAACCACCAAGACUACAGUUUACAGUAUCAAGAUGCUUUCAUAUAUGUUACAGAGAAAAACAGACAUGAGCUGAAGAAAGGCACCAUCCUCAAGCUUACAGACUCACCACAAAAGGCUGCAAGUGCCAUCUUCAACCAACUAAGAUUGUCAGAUCAGGAGGAGAGACACCAGGCAUUAAAGAAGCUCACAUUGGCAGCAAGCGAUUUUGCCUUUGCUACUGAGUUCAUAGCAAAGAAGGGAAGCGGCCUUCUUCUUGGCCUUGUAGAAGGAGGAGAAGAACGAGGUGAAAGUCUAGGGUGUGCGCUGUCCUCGUUCUUGGAGCUAAUGGACCAUGGGAUUGUCUCAUGGGAUCUUAUUACUGCAGUGUUUGUGAAAAGAGUGGCAGGCUGUGUCAAGGAAAGCCCAGCACCUAAGGAGGGCACCCUCAAUCCUAAAGCAUCCAUUGACCCGGUAGCAAUAAAGAAGGCGGAAGAUGCCGCCAUCGCCAAGAAAAUUUUUGAUGAUGUCAUCACGCAUAAAGCCCUAGGUUUACUGGAAGCGAUUGUGAAUAACUGCACUGAUUUAUAUUCAACUGUUGCUGAUGAAAUUACAUUCAGAGAUAUUAUUCCCCAUUUAAACACUGGUAAUCCGGAGAUUAAAACAAGUUGCAUAGCUUUGAUCAAUGCUCUUUGCCUUCGUGCACCAGAGGACAGGAAAAAGAAAUGUGAUGAGUCCUUAGCUUCAAAGGAGGUCAGGGUGGCUAUUUUAGAGGUUGUUCAGAAGAAUCCCACAGGGUCAGAUAUGCUACAUCAGCUUUAUGUUUUUCAACAAUUGAACUUUAACCUUUUGGAGAGAAAGAUGGUGACAAAACUAAGUGCCAACAGUGAGCAUUUUCCAAAAUAUAAAGAAUAUCUAAUGGAUCUGCGUAGGAUAGCGUUUUCCAGCGAAUCAGAAUCGAAGAGAGCUAACUACACAGCCGACUACAGGAAACUCGGAUUUGAGGACUGUGCAAAUCCAUCGCAAGAUUUUAACGAAGCGCCUCAUGUGCUUGAAAACUCAAGCCGUGGUCAGGAGCAUGAAUGUCCAUUCGGCCGGACUGGAAUUGUCCUCACAAAAAUUUGUUGUGAAAUACUGAAUGUUGGAGAAACUCCUGAUGAAACAUCUCAGGAUUUCUUCCCCUUAUUUUUCGCUCUUGACAAUGCUUUCUCCGAAUUCUUUUGCACCUGUAUUCAACGCCUAAACAAGACAUGGAAAGAGAUGCGAGCUACUCUGCAAGAUUUUGAUAAGGUGAUGGACGUUGUCAAGGAACAGAUUGUGCGCGCUCUGAAUGAUAAACAGUCAUCCAUGAUCAAAUUCAAAUCCCGUCUCGCACAACUCGGCUACAAUGAAAUAUUGAGACUCCGAAAUGUGGAGCGAUCCAAGAAAGAAGAAUGGGAUUCACAAGCACCUCCUGUUGUAGCUUUACGAGAGAAGGUUAAACCAGAGAUUUUAGACGUCAUUAGAAGACAGCGUCUCAACUUUCUCAAGGAAGGCCUGCAAUUCCCUAAAAUGUCUAGAGGCCGCAGUACAGGUAAAUUUUGGUACUGUCGUCUCUCCCCGAACAAUAAGGUGCUUCAGUACGGUGACACGGAUGAUGGUGUAAUCCCAAACACAGAGGAUGUCCUCUUUAACAAAAUAUUGGUAGCUGAUAUACAGACUAUGAAUGUUGGCAAAGAAUGUUAUUUCGCUAAAGACCUCCGCACAAAUAGAAGGGGAGCCUCAGUGAUAACUUGUUGUUCAAUUAUCUAUGAUCCUGACAAUUCUUUAGACUUCUUUUUUAUAAAUCAAAGCUCAUUUGAUAUGUGGACAGAUGGUAUCAAUGCAUUGCUAGGCAGGGAGAUGACUAGUGCUCAGACUCAAACAGACUUAGAAACAUUACUCAGCAUGGAGAUGAAGCUCAGGUUACUAGACACAACCAACAUCACCAUCCCCACUGAGCAGCCCCCUAUCCCACCACCUCCUAGCAACCUUAAUUUCCAUUUUGUAUUUGAAUAAUUCCAACAACAAUUAUGACCAAUCAGAGAGCUGUUUUAGUAUUAGGUAUCCAUGGUGCUUCAUAUAUAGGUAGCAUAUUGGUUGAAUUGUAUUCAGUUGUUGAUAUUUUCUGUUGUAAUUAUUGCUCUGCAGUUAAUGUAUUCUAAAUGUAUUUUUGAUGUCUUUUGUGUAAUUGUAUUAUAGCUCAUUUUUGGAAAGAGAAUUUUUGUACAACCAUUCUUAGAAUUUCUCUUGGUACUUGAUUAAAUGUGUCAUCUUAAAGGACAUUACAACAGAAAGUUAAAUGUGCACAAAUUAGAUUAGUGAUUAGUCCAUCCCUUUAAAUAGGAGUUUCUGUGGUAUUGGCUGAACCAUCUUUUUGAGGGAACCACCUUCUGAUGAAGGAGUUAACCAAACCAUAGACAUCCUCCAUUCCUGCUUAUGGGCCUGAGUUUGCACAAUACAAGUUAUUAAUAUUAAGUCUGCUUUCGUGAAUACUUACAUGAAAGAUCUGACUAUUGCCACUGUUCCUUUAAAUAAAACACCCCUAAAAGAUAAUGGAACUGUCUAUCCAGGGCAUUAUAUAAUGAUAACAAUCAUGUGCACAUCCUCAUUCUUUAAGCAAGUGCUAAGAAUGUACAUAAUUUACAGUGCAAACUGAAAGUUAUUUAUAAUCAUAUAAAUUAUUUCACAAGGUUUUCUUAAUGUUAUUUAUGUAGAUGUAUUCUCUUGGAAAUGCAUGGUGUAGAAAAUCUUGUUGCAGGGUAAGGGCACAUUUCCAUGGUAACAGAGUAGCCAUAGCAAUUUUAAAAUUCUUAGUAUUAAAUGUGAAUUUAUAAAGAUUUUUCAGUAUUAUAGUAAAGCACAGGGCAAAUAUCAAGAUUAUGUGUUGUUUUGUAACCAAUUUUAAGCAUUAUUUUAAUGAGUAUUUACAAUACUUUUUUAGCUUUUUUUUAUCUUUAAUAUAUUUAAAAGUUAAAAAAAAAACCCUUUUUCUCACAUUAUUGAGGCUGUAAUUAGUUGGUUUUGUAGAUAAAAUUUAUGUUGAAAUUAUAUCAUAGCAUUUAUUUUACAAAAGUCUUAUGGUCUAGUUUCUGGAUAAACUGAUAAUUGCCAAAGUUAAUUAGAUAUAUUUUUAAGAUUCAAUGUUAUUUCAUGAAUAGUACAAAUUCAAAUAGCGUCUUAAUCGAUAAACUUACUUUUGUUCACUCAGUACAGCCCCAUGAUGCUGCAAGUAAUAUGAAAGGGGGAGUUAGGUUUUAAUACAAUAACAUAAAGUUGUUAUUAUCUUGAAAACAGUUUCGACCUAUCUGGCCCUUCUCAGCUCAGGUAGUGGGAUUGAAUUGACGUGUAGUUGUGUACUGACUGUUAUUCAUGGCGUUAACGCAUUCUCGCUCCAGGAUGCUAUAAAAUGCAUACAAAUUACGAUAUACAGUUGAACUUGCCUAAGUCAAAUCCAAAAUGGCAUUAAAAAAUUGUUUGACUUAAGAUAAAAUUUGACUUACAGUUCGUUAAUUAAUGGAAAACACAACAAUUUGGCAUGUAAACAAAUUCAUCAACGGCGGAAAAAAAAUGAGGAUGUUGUUAUUAAUUUGAAGGGCCUUAAUGGGUAAAACAGACAAUUCCAUUAUUUUUUAUUAUGCUUGAUGGGUAAGUUUGAAGGGUACUUUGGCAAUUAUUAGUUUGUCUAUACAUCGUGCUCAUAGAGUAACAACACCACUGAUGAUAGUGUUUUUUUUUUAGUAUAAUUUGAAUUAAUUUGUAAAUCAGGGUUCACAUAUUUUUAUUAAAGCUAUUUUUCUUAAAGAAUUAAUUAGAUUGUUUUAAAUGUUUUUUUCGGACCAACAGAUGUAUUAUAUUGCACAUUAUACAUUUUUAAUAUAUUAAAUUUACUAAAUUAGACAGUAAAUUAUACAUCUUUACCGGGUAUUUUUGUUCAUUCAAUGGAUAUGCAAAUUAGCAUUGUCAUUAUUAUGAAACAGUUGUGUGUUAGGUCUUAAUGCAAAUCGAGAAUAUUUUAUAGACAUCGAUCAAACAAGUGAGCAAUGAAAUUAGUUUUGCUUUCUGCUAAAAAUACACUAAAAUAUGCAUUCAGUAAUUGAUAGCAGUUAGAGCUUAGAAACUGAAAGAGGAGCAGAAAGGUUAUAUGUGGGGUGUGAGGUUUAAGUGAGAGGGAUCUAGCUGGGGAAAUAAGUUGAGAGUUAAUUUUCAAGUAAUUCAGAGUGAUUUUUCGACCCUGCAAAUUGCAGUGGGGAAGGGGUGAGGUGAAUUCAGAGCAGGGGGUAGCUCCCUGAUCAGAGUAAUUUUUUGGCUUGGCAAAUUCCAUUGGGGGAUGGGGUGAGGUACCGAAGUUCACAUUCUCAACAGUAUUUUGUAGGAUUAAUGUAGACUGCUGGAACAAAGUAGAGAAUUUAUUAACUACAAUAAUUCUAACUGGAAUUUGCUUGUUUUUUCAUGUAAGAGUGCUUUUUGAAUGUUCUAAUUAUUAUUAUUAUUAUUAUUAUUAUACUGUACUGAUCAUUUUCCCAAGUUUUUGUGCAAUUAAUAUAAAACAAUGUUCUAUCUUAAUUCGUAGCAGUAAGUAUUGUGUCUGAAAUUUGCAUGGCUAUUUCGGCUAAAUUAUCUUCUAUACUGUAGUUUUAAGUUACAGUCAUAUACGGUAGUGGAAAAUUAUAGAAUUUUUGUAUUACCUAUAAAAACCAUAAUUAAAUACUUGGAAAUUGAGAUAUUAGGAAAGAAAAGCAUCCCUGUAGAAGCGCUAACAAUAAAAAAAAUAUAGGGAUAAACUAUUUUAUUUAUUUAUGAUUUCCCUUUAAAUAUAAUAGUUAGUUUUCUGUAAUUAAUUUACGAAGACAUUAAAAUAUUUUCACAUAUACUUAACAAGUUUUUGAAUUUAUGUAUAGUUAUUCCUUAGAUAUAUACAGUGGUGCUAGUUUAAUGGUUUGUGUUUCUUCUUAAAACACUGCACUAUCCUCAACUAAAACUUUAUUUUUUAUAUAAGUAGUUCUCUAAUUGUUUAUCUUAUUCUAAUUGUUGGCUCACAGCUCGAUAAUCAUUAAAAUGAUGCUCAAUUUUGUGACCGCUUGUUAUUCAUGGCGUUAACGCAUUCUCGCUCCAGGAUGCUAUGAAAUGGAUAAGAAUUACAAUAUACAGUUGAACUUGCUUAAGUCGAAUCCAAAAUGGCAUUGAGAAAUUGUUUGACUUAGAUAAAAUUUGGCUUACAGAUCGUUAAUUAAUGGAAAAUGCAAUUUGGCAUGUAAAAUAUGAUCGAAUUACAAAUUAUUAGAGUUAGGUAAUGUCAACUUUUAGGCAAGUUCUACUGUAUAUGUGUUUUUGCUGUGGUUGUACGAUUUUAUAAUAAUUUUAUAAUGGUUUUUACAUCUUUUAUGUUCCUUAAGUUAUGCAAAUGUAUAAUUACUGUAUCUCAAGCAUUUUUAUUUGUUUUCAUAUAUAACCUGUAAUUUCAAAUAAAAAAAAAUUGUCUUGCAU